GCAACCCUUGACCACAUUGGAUCUCUUUGCCCCAGGAUAAAACAGAGACCAAAUAUUAUGUCAAAACCAGCAGAAUAAGUCACAUGGAGCAAAAGGCAUUUCAAGUUCACUCCCAGCCCAUAUUCUGAGGAAGAAACACCAAAUGUCACCUGUCUCUUCCCCACCUGCCUGUGGUCACAUUGAUCUACCUCCUCACAGUCAAAACCUUAUUUAAAGGCUUUUUGAAAUGAUUAUUUAUUAAUUCUGCUUUUAUAGAUGUUUAACACAGCCACCAAACCCACAGAUGUUUCUACACCUCCAGGUGUGCCGCCUCUUCCUGGCUGCAGGACACCCAUUCUCUCUUCACCAAGUUCCAUUUACAAGGGAAGGGUGUAGAACACACACACACACAUAUAUAUAUAUGUACAUAUAUACAAACUGAAAAGCAGAUAAAAGCCCCAGCCAAUACCAUUUCCUGGAGCAGAUGCAGCUGUGAGUGCGUAGUUCACAAGGCAAGGGGUUGUCCAAGGACAGUGUCACUUUUGGGCUGCUUCUGGGACCUUCUGAGCAACCAUGGCUGGGGAAAUUGUUUAUGCUGAUUUGAGGCAUCCUGGGGACAGUUCUUCUGCUGAGAAGCAUCAUGCACCUGCCUUCUGUCCAUGGUGGCACAGGCUCCUUCUCAUAGCCGGGGGGCUGGGGCAACUCAUCCUGCUGGUCCUGGUGGUGGUGCUGAGUGUGUGGGUUUUUCAGGGGUCCCCACAGCCAGUGGUGAGAAGCACUCCACAGCUAGGCAGUGGGAUCCAGGGAAGGAACCAAGUGGAGCAGUGCAUGUUUUCAUCCCUGGUGCGGUAUUUCUGCAAGCCCCAAGGGGACAACCCCACAGCUUAUGCUGGCUGCAAGCUGUGUCCCCAGGACUGGCAGCUUCACGGGGAAAGAUGCUACUGGCUUUCUGAGGAACUGGGAAACUGGACUCAAGGCAUGAAAAGCUGUGAGAACCAGGACUCCCAGUUGGUGGUGCUCCAGGACAAGAAAGAAAAGGAGCACAUCAAGACUGUUACAGGCAAGAGCCCACCACCAGUGUGGAUUGGAUUAAGGUCACAUCAGAAGGUGUGGAGAUGGGUAGACAACACAACUUUCAACCACAAAAUGCUUGGCACCUCUAUGCUCAAGAUGGAUGAAGGGUGUGGGACACUGAGAGCCAAGGACUUUGAGGUUAAAAGAUGUGAUGCUGAACACAAGUGGGUUUGCAAAAAAAAGCCUUUCCUUCUCUGCUCUGUGACAGCAGAAGAUGGAGAGAAAAGCGAUGCCUCCAUCUGACAAACACGCACCCCAAAAUGCCCACCCCACAAGACACUUGCUGCCAAUAUUUGGGGUGAAAUAGCCCCAUCCUCACAUUACAGCUUUGCAGCAGGGUUUGCAAAUCCUCUUACCAUGAGGAUCAAGACCAGUUUUGGGGGCACAGAUGAACCCCUGAGCUGGAGGAUCAGAAAGGCCUGUGCCUUGGGCACAGUGUUGAUAGAGCUGUGGCAUCAAUAAAAGCUUAUCAAACUGG